AGCCAUUUGGAGAUUCAAAAUUGGAGCUCGAGAGAGAAGCUCGCCAAGCACGCCAAACCCGACCAUCGGGGGCGAAAGCGAGACGCGGCCCGACUCCCUCGCCAAACGCUCCGCUCCUAUCACUACCUCCUCCGCGGCUCCCCCGUCGUCCGGCCGGCCGCCCAUCUCGUCCUGGACCUCGGCGAUGGCGGCGGCUCAGCCGAAGCCGGCCAAGCGGCUGGGCGGGAUGGCGGAGGCACUCGCCAUCGCCGCCGACCUCGGGUUCCCCGCCCCUCCCCCGCAGGAGGAUCAGGGUAGCACAGACAAAAGCGAUGAUUUAGUGAGGGUUUUGAGGGAACUGACUGUUGUGCAAAGGAACAUUGCCAACUUGCAAGUAGAGCUACAGGGAAGAAAGGAUGAUAAAAACAUUGCUCACUUGACACAUGUUAGUGAGAUGGAAAAGAAAUGCGAAUCUUUGGCCAAAAUAACUGCUAUUUUGAAAGAUGUUAUUCAGAACAAGGAUCGCAUUAUUGCCCGGCUGCAACAACCUUAUUCCCUUGAUUGCAUACCUGUUGAAGCUGAAUACCAGAAACAAUUCUCAGAGCUACUUCUGAAAGCAGCAAGUGACUAUGGGGCACUGACAGCAUCGGUCGGCGAUUUCCAGUGGAGCCAAAACUUUAGGGAGCCACCUGCUGUCUGGGGGGAAAUGCUGCGACCGAUACCUGCUGCACUUGCUUCCUGCACCCGGUUCUUUGAGGCCAUGUCCGCAAUGAGGGAAUCCUUCUCAACUCUUCAGAAACUACGCGUCGGCCAUUCCUCUCUAUCGAUGACCCCAAGCGGCUCUAGCGACGAUUCAAAGUUCUUGACACCAACCCAAUGGAGAGACAGCUCAAUGCUCGAUAGCUGGAAGCAGGUGGAUGACGUCAACUCCGAGAACGACGGGCUCGACAGUAUAAACCAGAGGAGGUUGUCAUUUCCGUCCUCCAUCAAGAGGGACUCGUAAAUCACUGAUCACCCACGUUGAACUUGUGUUGCUAUGUUGUAUAAAUAGGAUAUAUACCGUCUUGUCUAGUUUGUCUUUCAUUCUUUGUGCUUUGGGCCCGAUUGCUUUGAUCCAUUUGGCGUGUUCGAGCUAAGGGAGAGAUCAUGUUAGAAAUGAUCUGUUAAGAUUCUUGCUAAAAUCGAUAUUCUGGCACAAUUCAAUGUUCGCAUAAUGAUACGCACUCAGUCGUCAAGGAUCA